UUUCAGUAAUAUAUUAAAAAGAAAAAACAUUUUUCUUAAAAAACCCUUCUGUUAACCGAACUGUUACGGCGGUCACCGACUGCCUGAAUCGGUCAUCGAAGCUCCAAUCACGAAUCACCCAAUUUCACGAUCUUCGUUCAAUUUUGCUAUGGCCGGAAGCGAAAGGAAAUCCAAGGAGAAAAGGAAGCAUAGAAAAUCGGUUUCAUCUUCUGAUGACGACAAGAGAAGCAAGAGACCAAGAGCUGCAGAAGAUGAGGAAAGGGAAAGCAGAAGGAGUGAUAAGAGAGAGAAGCGGAAGGAGAAGAAAUCUCACAAGCACUCUAAACGCCACUCAGAGAAGAAGUCGAAGGAUCUUCACAAAGGCAAGCAUCACAAGGGCGAUCACCUUUCAAGAGCCAAAAUUCAAGAACUGUCCAAGGAAGACUAUUUCUCAAAGAAUAAUGAGUUUGCUACCUGGUUGAAAGAUGUGAAGAAUGUGUAUUUUUCUGAUCUUUCUUCAGAGUCUGCUCGCGAACUUUUCUCAGAUUUUGUUGAACUGUGGAAUGACAGAAAGCUUGAAUCUCGAUAUUACGAGGGUAUUUCAAGUGGGCCUCGGACAUCCCAUAACUGGAAAAUCAAGGGGUGAUAACUUAGCAAGCAUGGAUUGAAGUAACAAAGAAUUGAAUGAACAAGAUUGUCUGAAUUAUUGCAUUUUGGUUUUCCGCUAUACUAGUAGUUUCUAGCCAGCGGAUUGUAUCCUCUUACAAACACCGGAUGCAUAAGAGAAUUCAAUGUUCUCCGUAGAAUUAUAGUCUUACCCUUGCUUCUGAUAUGGAGUGUAUUACUUUUCUUAUUUCGAUGUAUCGGAAAACGUAGAAAUGAAUCUUUGUUUAUAAACUAGAGUAUUUAGAAACUUCUAUUCUUUUUAUCAUUGAAGGAUUUGUGGCUGUGGAA